GUUUGUUAUUAUUCGGUUCUUGGGAUUGCCAAACAUUCCACCGACGACGAAAUCCGAUGUGCCUAUCGUAAGAUGGCUCUGAUUACAAAGAAGUGGCAUCCUGAUAGGUGGAUCAAGGAACCGAAGCUUGCAUUAGAAGCUAAAAAGCGGUUUCAACGCGUUCAAGAGGCUUAUUCAGUUUUGUCCAAUAAAGGGAAGAGAAGGAUAUACGACGCUGGCUUCUUUGGUCUCAUUGGAGAGGACGACGAUGGGGAAUUUGUUGAUUUUAUGCAAGAAAUGAUUUUAAUGAUGCAGAAAGUGAGACCCAAGGAUGAGAAAGGCAUGAUGGAGGAUCUUCAGGGAUUGCUAAUUGAUAUGAUGAUGGCAGAUAAUGAAGGGAUGAAUAACGAGUCUGGGUUAAGCUGGGGUUCUUCUCAAUGUUCUCGGAAAAAGACACGAAUCUUAUGAUUCCCGUGUUACAAUUCAAUUGAUUAUUUUGAUGAUGAUCUUUUAUCAAUCUUCACUAUACAUAAUUGACAAUUAUUCCCGUUGUUA